GACUGACUUCAUCGAUAAUAAAUGUUUAGCUAGCUCUAACAGUAUGUGUCAGCCUCUAGCUUUUACAACAAGGAACAAAGGUCAUCUGCUGUGCUGGCUGCAUCACAGGUGACAGGUUAAAGAAAGUUCGUCUGAGUGCCGGUGGACGGACAGGGUAUGGAAAGGAGCCGGCGCCCUCUUCUGCAGUGGUUGACUGCAGUGGUAGCAAUGACUGUACUGGGAACUAACGUUGUGGAAACGAGUGUGGAAAACAACAUACCACAAGAAAAGGACUUGAUCAGAACGACUCUGCAAGCCAUUCCUCAUGGUAACAGCACCUCCAGUGUUACUAAACUGGUGAUUGAGAGCAGCCUCAUCACUCUGAACGAGGCUGACAGAAUAGCCUUGGCUACUUAUCCUGGACUGGUUGAACUCCACCUUGAUGGUAACAUGGUGACUACUAUACCAGCAAAAUACUUCUCUGUGGUACCACAACUCAAAGUGCUAUCUCUGCCCAGGAACAAAAUCAGCAGCCUGGACCCAGAGUGUUUCUCUGGCCUAGAUAAACUGACAGAGCUGAACCUGUCCCACAAUCUGCUGACAAGUCUCCAUACACAGCUAUUUACGCAGAUCAAACACCUAAAGGUGCUGGACCUCAAGCAAAACCCCUGGAAUUGUUCCUGUCCUCUGCUGAGCAGUACUGGAAAGGUCAAAGCAGCAAGAGCCAGUAUUGUGGAACCAGAAGUGACCUGUGCUACUCUAGACAAUCAGGCUGGAAGGGAGUUUUUGCAGGCUAUAGCUGCGUGUCCCCCAUCACCACCACUCACCAUUACUAGACCCCCACAGAAACCACCAUCAGUCAGUUUUCAGCACUCUUCCACUAUUCUGAGGACCACACUGACAAGCCAGAACCAUAUCAACAAAGACCAAACACCUGUGCUUGGCAACACAUGGAAGUUCACAGCAUGUGUUGUAGUGCUGGCACUAUUCACCUCCAUGCUCAUCUUAUGUGGCAUUAAGGGGCCAUCCUGGUACAAGCUCAUCCACAACUACCGUCAUCGGCGACUACGCCAAGAAGAGGGGGAAGAGGAGGAGGACGUUGUGUCAACAGUGUUCUCAGAGACGGAAAGAUACCAGAACCAUUUAACAUUUACCUUUGAGCAAGAGCACGAGCAGAUAGAGGCGGAGGAAGAAGAGGAGGAGGAUGGGUAUUUUGAGGAUCCAUACAUUAAGAGGGAAGAGUGACAUUUAGAAGAGGAGGCAUUGACAGUACCAUGAAGAAAGAAACAUCAGCAGAAGACGGGGAGGUUAUCAUCACAGACGGAUAAUCUGUAACAAGUAUAGUCAUGCUCACUGGGGGAUGCUGUAUGGUAGCAAACAAAUAGUUCCUCUACACGGGACAUGUACAGUACAUUGCUAUGGCAGGCUGAUUAAUCUUUGUCUUUUUUUGUUUUUUUUUUAUGAUUUUGGCCUCCAAAGAUAUUAAAAACAAGCGAACUGUGAUACAAAGAU